AUGCAUGGCCGGACACAGACGCACCGACUGGGAUUGAAGAAGUUUGUGUCUGCAGCUGCUCUUGAAGAACUAUGUGAAGAACUAGGUAUCAAGGGCGGUACUCGGCGGACAGUGAAGAGAAAGCGACAGGCAGACAUCUCUCAUGUUACCCCAUAUGGUGACAUCUUAGUGGAGAAGAACAUCGCAGGCACCAAAAUUUGGAUGGUGCAACCCGUUGCCAUGCUGUACCACAUAUCUCGAUCAUGCUUGGAAUUUAGCAAAUUUUUCAAGGAGAUACUUUCACGAAAGCCAUGCACCAGAGACCACCCCAUCAAGGUCAUCGUCUAUUCUGACGAAGUGACACCGGGCAAUCAACUUCGUCAUCAAAACGCUAGAAAGAUCCAAGUGUGUUACUGGUCUCUUGAAUGUUUUGGCUUGACCAAUCUCUCCAACGAAAGGCUUUGGUUCAUUCUCAGCAUUUGCCGUAGUGAUGUUGUGAAGGAGCUUCCAGGCAAAAUGUCGCAAUUCAUGAAAAUCUCCAUGCAAAUGUUUAUGGAGCCAUAUGACUUGCGCAGUGGCAUCAUUUUAGAUUUUUUUGAUGGCUCAAAGGCCACAAUCUUUGGCCGUGUAAGCAUUCUGUUGGGGGACGAAGCGGCAUUGAAAGAGACUCUGGAUUGCAAAGGAGCUGCUGGGACUUUUUUUUGUGCUCUAUGUGCGAACAUCUGUGACCACAAGUCUCAGCUUCACAGUCAUGAUACACGUGGGUACCUCCAGCCGAGCACGUGCCUGGACCUGGAUCUGUUCCGACCAAACACUGACGAAAGCGUCAUGGAAACGUUGCGCGAACUGAGCCGCUGGAAAGCAACUUUGCCAAAGACUCGAUUCCAAAAAAAGGAACAGGAAGCCGGCUGGAAUCUGAACCAGAAUGGCCUGCUUUUGUCAAGGCUCCAGAUCGGUGCGGCAUCGUCCAUCAUGUUCGACUGGAUGCAUGUUUAUGUGGCAUCCGGAAUAUGGCAGCUGGAAGUCAUGCAGCUCCUAACCGAACUGCAGCGUGUUGGAAUCACGCAAGCGAUGUUGCACCGAGAGCUGCAGGCAUGGCACUGGCCAGAGCGGAUCUCCUCGCGGUCCGUCAGUGGGCAAAAGAUCUUCGCCAAGAAACAAGAGGGCGACAGCGUUAAGUGCUCUGCUUCAGAAGCCCUUUCGGUCUACACAGUCCUACGAUGCAUCCUGAUACGUUUUCUGCGGUCUGGUCAAUGUAGAGGCAUUGAAGACCACAUUGACUCAUUUGUCAAAAUAUGUCGUGUGCUUGACCUGCUGCAAUCCCUCAAACGAGGGCACACAAAGGCGAGCACAUUGCACGAAGCUGUGGCUGGACACCUGACGGCAUAUCAAAAAGCUUAUGGCACAGAGCGCUGGCUGCCCAAGCACCACUAUUCACUUCAUCUUGCAAGGCUCUACAGUUUUCACAAAACCUUGUGUUCGUGUUGGACGCAUGAGAGACGCCAUCGUGAAAUAAAACGAUACGCGUCGCAAAACCCGAACACUCAUGCAGGCUUUGAGAAGAGUAUCGUGGUCGAUGCGUUGCACUUGCAACUGAGUGAGCUUGAUUCCUCUUCUGUAGAGUCGUUUUCUGUCGGUAUACUUGAUGCAGCAGAGUGCACACUUCAUGCAAAGGUGUAUUUCAGAGCUUUGAUGGAUGCGGAUGGUGAUUUCGAAGUUUCAAACACAGCAUGCUUCCACCCUGGUUCUGUUUGCUCAGCUGAUGAUGUUGUUUUCCUGAAAAUUGACGAAGAACCAUGUGUGGGGCGUGUCAAAUUUUUUGUUGGCUUGAAGGAUUCUGCCGAAUGCUGGGUAUGCAUCGAACACUGGACACCUCGUGGGCACAACAGAUUUAGCAGAGAUGACAGGGAGCAAACAUCCAUUCUUCCUGUUACAUGCAUUGUUGAUGCUUGUGCUUGGACACCUCAAGAUGAUCUUUACCUCGCUGCAGCUGAUUGCCGAGCACCUGCAAGCGGCAUGCUUGCACCCUUUUUGGAAGUGCAAAAGCGGACUGCGUCCGGGGCUCAGUUCAGUCAAUGCGCUUGGGAGCAGGACGUGAAGACGUGCCUUGAGACCAACUGCCAGGGCUGCGGUGGCGAGCAGUGCCAGCUAUGCCGCGCUGACGCGGAGAAAAUCAACAGCUGCUGUGAGGAUCAUAGUCAUUGGGACUCCGUGGCGCCACCGCAAAUGUGCGUUGAUGCCAAGGCGGAGGUGGACUCCAAGGACCCCUGCAGUGGGCUUUAUGGCGCCGAAGGGUUGCAGUGCGCCUGGGAAGAGGAUGCGAAGACCUGCGUGAAGAACGGCUGCAAGGGCUGCGGUGGCGAGCAGUGUCAGCUGUGCCGAGAAGAUGUGCAGCGCAUCGCCAAGUGCUGUGAUGAUCACUGGCAUUCCGUGGAGCCUCCCCAGUUCUGUAAAGACUCGAAGGAGGAAGCCGUGACCAGCUGCUUUGACAGCAAGUGCCAUGGCUGUGGCGGGGAGCAGUGUCAACUUUGCCGUGAAGAUGCUAGGGCUGAGUGCUGCACUGGGGCUAUGAGGACUCCGUCCUGUGAAUCCUCCAAGGCUAUUCUUCCAUAAGCGAAGAACUGUGUACAGUUGUGUACAGUUGCCACUGAGGCUUGCAACUUACAGGUGUGCUUAGACCAAUUUUGAGGAAGGCGAAGUCAUUGGCAACAAACUCAGGACAAAAGUUCCUGUCGACAUAGCAUAGGUCGAACAAUUUUACCUUUUGGACUCUGCAAGAGGUUUCAUCCCCAGCAGAUUCGGAGACAAUCUUUGAACAAAUAGAUCAUGAGAGUCAAA